AUGGAAGAAUCAAUCGGAUACCUGGAAUUCCUUUUCGCGCGCUCGGCAAUCGCUACUGCAGCACGCGCAGCCAACCUCCCCUCGACAAUCGAUCUCGUCUGCACAACAUACAAGUCUGAGAAAAGAGAUGGGUCGCCGCCGGCUGUGCUGCAGGAGGAGUGUCUUCAUGGACACCGACUUGGAUUCAAUGGCAAGCAGUGUAUUCACCCGUCGCAGGUGAGUGUUGCGAACGAUACAUUUGGUCCACAGGAGGAGGAGACGACGUGGGCGGUGCGGUGUGCGAUUGCUGAUGAUAAAGCUGCUGCCGCGGGCGCGGAGCUUGGACUCUGGAUGGUAAGAUGA